AUGCAGUUUUUGUGUUUGCACAUCCAUAUAUGCUUCAACAACUUGCUGGUCAGACUACUUGGGCAAUUGGUUCAUCUUUUAAAUUGGCCCCAGUCCCUUUCAAACAUUGUUUUGUUAUUGGAGCACUUUUUAGAAGCCAAUUAAUUGUUGCAGCACAUGCACUUUUGACUGAAAAUUCUGAGCAAUCCUAUAUUGAAGCUU